GUCCUAAAAGAAAUAUUCUCCCGUUUGGGAUAUCCUGCGACUCUGACAUGCGAUAAUGGUAAUCAGUUUACCAGCCAGACCUUCAAGACUUUCUGUAAGGAAUGCAACAUUGUAAUAUACAACACGAUUCCUUAUUGGCCGCAGAUGAACGGCGAAGUCGAACGCCAAAACAGAGAUGUACUUAAACGGCUGAAAAUCAGCCAAGUAGAGAAAAAGAACUGGAAAGAUGAUCUCCUAGAAUACCUAAUUAUGUACAACAGCACUCCACACUCCACCACAGGUAAAACACCUUCAGAACUCUUCUUCCGAAGGCAGUUCCGAGACAAAAUACCCACAGCGGCUGAUAUGGAGUGCAAAAUAUUCGAUUCAGAUGUAAGAGAUAGGGAUAAAGAAAAGAAAGAAAAGGGACGGGAAUAUACGGAUAGGAAGAGGAAAGCAGCAGACAGUAAUCUAGAAAUCGGUGAAAAGGUCUACGUCAAAAACCUAAUAAAAGAUAACAAACUUACCCCUAACUUUAAUCCUGAUUCGCACACUGUUACAGACGUAAGCGGUGGUGAUGUUAGAGUAAGGAAUGACGCGACUGGAAAAGAAUAUCGCAGAAAUGUUGUUCACCUCAAGAAAGCUGAAACUGGUGAAUGGUCUGUUAUAAAUAAAAAUAGCGAAAGUGCACCCCUACCGGACCAAGAUCAAAAUGAAGAUUAAUAUGAUUGUUGUAUUUAAUCUAUAAUUAACUGAAAUAUAAAAAUGUAUCGAUUUCCAAA